AGAAUCAUUUGUGGUAUUGUCUCGAGUAGGAACAACUGCAUGAUGACUCACUGGUCGCGCUGACGACGAUGAUGAUGAUGAUGAACGCCAUCUGGCAGUGCAAUACGAUCCCACAACUACAGUAGGACAUCUUUGCUCGCUCUCCAUUGAGAGAGUAGUCAUAUGGACACACCUCUGCACUGAUGACACGUGAACGUAGAGACCUCAUCGGCAACUCUGAACCAUGCGGAGGGGCUUGUGGAGCGCGAGAGGCGGGCUGAGAGCAGGGACGUCAGCUGGCGUCACAAGGAAAUCGUGGAGACGUUCCAUCAACUGGCACAAGAUUGGCGGGGAUUGUGGGAGGCGCUCUGACCGUCGCCCCCCCUCCUCCAUGAAAUCGAGCUUGAAGGAUUGGACUGGACUAGGAGAUCAUGACAUGGGGGAUCAGACUCGCUUCGAGGACAGGGGCUCACGUAAUAAGUGGCUGGGCUUUGGCUGGGCUACUCUUCCUGCUUGCACGUCGUUUGGCGCGAUCGCCGUUGAGAACAAUUGGUCGAAGUAUAAGCAAGAUCACUGUGGAACCUUCGUACACAUGUAUUGGCUUUCAACGAGGAUUGUAGCAACAAUCUCGACGCUCGUCGUCCACCAUGAGUGAAGGGUUUGUUGCGCAUUGGUCUUGGUGGUGACCAUAACCUCCGUGCGCAGAU